AAGUGUAUUGUUUUUGUUUUGAUUUCGAUUUCACAAUCUCAAUCUACGUUCCAACUGUUUCAAAUUUUCGAUUUUAUCAUAAAUAUCAUAAAAUAGCUAGUAAUGACAUUUUUUAAGCUGGAAAGGUAUCCCUACGUGUGUCGUCUCUGCCUAAAACCGGAACAACCCAGCAAGAUGACUUCGCUUGAAACCGAGGACGAGUACCUCGAGGAGGGAACAACCUUCGAAGGCUUUCUAGCCAUGAUCACUUUCCAGGUUGAAGAGGAAAGGCGCCAUCUGUUCCCACGCUCAAUCUGCGCCCAGUGUAAGGAAUCGCUCCAAAAGUUCGCAUACUUUCGCACCAAAGUCCGCAACGUGCACCUGUUUAUGAACGCACUGGUUGAGCUGCGGGACCUGAACACGGCACCGGUCAAGGAACUUUUUCAGACGAAACCGGACACCGUUCGGACGAUGCUCGCGGAGCUGGACCUGUGUCACAAGGCUGACUUUCGAGCGGAGGAUCUGAUUGAAGAGUUUCCGCAGUUUCAAAUUGCUCAACUUCCGGCUACUUUGAACGACGCUUGUUCUGACGAGAAACUCAACAUGGAAGUGGAAGUAGAUAUGGAAGAUGUCGAGGAGUUGGAUGAACCUGACGCGGGUGAUUUUACAGCGGAGGAAGAAUUGGUCGAGCCGACAAAGGAAACUGUUUCUGAAAAUGUUGCUUGCGAGGAUGUUGAACAAAAACUUUCUGAGCCGGAAAAAGAAGGUUUGGAUGCAGUACAAGUACGCAGAAAAUAUAGCAAAAACAAAGAAAAAGAGCCACUGCAGUGUCCAAAAUGUCCGUAUAAAACAAUCAGAAAGUCGCAUUUCAAUGCGCACCAACGGUCGCAUCUAAAACGCGAAAAUCGAAGUUUUGUCUGCACUGAACCAGAUUGUAAGGAGAAGUUUGGAAACGUACGAGCUUUGCAAAAGCACAUGGUGCAGGCCAAUCAUAUAGCGUGCGUCUGUGAGACCUGCGGAUACCAGUGUUCAACGAACGGCAAAUUGAAAGAACACCUGAUUCGUUUUCAUACCAACAACAGGUUCAAGUGCGAAUACUGCGAGAGAACGUUCAAAGUGAAGGUGGACCUGCAGGAUCACGUCAAACGAAUACAUCUGUCGGAAAACGUUUUCAAGUGUGAAACAUGCGGGACGGAAUUUCGGCGAAAAGUUGCUCUUAAAAACCACCAAGCGACUCACAGCGACGUUUACAACUUUCCGUGCCAGCAGUGCGAUAAAAAGUUUAAGGUUAAAAACCUGCUACUUAAGCAUGUGCUGGUAGUUCACAAUAAAGCGUCGCUGGAGUGCGAACACUGCUCCCGGAUGUUCUACACUAGAUCGACGCUGGUGGAUCACAUCGAAAGCGUACACAAGAUUCGAAUGCGCUUCGUUUGUGAUGUUUGCGUAGCCUCAUUCAACAGCCAGGAUGAGUUGGCGACCCACAAAGCUCGUCACGAUAAUCCCAAACACAUGCAGUGUGGCCUAUGUCUGAUAGUGUUUCCCGGGCAUGAACAGAUGCAAGAUCAUAUGUGCAUCACAUACCGGGAAGAUUACGACUGCUGCGAGAGAGAUUGGCGUUACCACGUGCAUUACAACAGGCACAUGUUCCUCGAGCAUGGCGUCAAGAUAAACGCUCGGGUUAAGCCAGAUCCGCACCUGUUGGUGGGAGAAAUGCGCGCCAAAAGGAAACCAGUCCAAAGUUGCUCAAAGUGUAAGAUUAUCCUUCCCUCAAGAACAAAAAAGAAGCAGCACCAGGAAACGUGUACAGCUGGAGAGGUUUGAAUUGAAUGCUUUCAAUUGCGUAUUAAUAGAAAUUUGUUCAAUAAAUUACUAUUGAAAAAAUUUCAAAA